AUGUCAAUUCUUGGAAGUGUCAGAAGUUGUUGUAUUCAUACUUCAUUAGUUAGCAAAAAGCUUGUUAUUUUUGUAAUUUCGCAUGUUGGAUUAUGUUUUCUUGUAGCUGUUUAUGCUGUAUUAGGUGCAUUUAUGUUUCGAGCAAUUGAAUAUCAAGAAGAACAAAAAUUUCAAGGACAUAUUGCAAAUGAUACUUGGGAAUUAGUACAUCGUCUUUAUGAAUAUAUUGAAAAAAGUGAAGUAAUUAGAGAGGAUGAUUUAAAAAGAGAAGCACAUAAACUUUAUAAAGAAUAUGAACAAAAACUUGUAUUUGCAUUUUCUGGUGCUUUACUUUAUUCCAUUACUGUAUUUACAACUAUUGGUUACGGACAUAUUUGCCCCAAAACUCCAUUGGGACGUGGAUUAACAAUUAUUUACGCAACAUUUGGAAUUCCUUUAAUGCUUUUAUGUUUAGCAAAUAUUGCUGAAAGUUUAGCACAAGUCUUUACCUUUUUAUAUUUUAAAGUCUGUUGUGCCUAUUGUCGUUGGCAAGCAGAAAGACAUAGAGUUAAAUGUCAAUCACUCACAAUUAGAUAUCACCCAAAUGCCCCCGUAAAUGUUCGGAGAGUUCAUUCCGGUCGCGCGGCAACUCGCCGAUUUAAUUCGAUGUUGGCCCGUAAUGCUAGUUUAAGCAUUAGAGGUGGACGUGGAGGAGGAGGUGGAGGGGAUACAAAGAGUAUUAAAUCUUGGAAGUCUUUUCAUACUGAUAAAGGAGGAAUUAGAAAGUCAAGUUUUGGAAGAAUACCAGCCUUACAGCAAGAGGAAUUGUUACUUAAAAACAUAUAG